GUUGGAGGCAGGUUCUGUUGGACCGGUUCUGUCACUUUCAUAGAAGAAGGGCAGAGGAGCAGGUUAGUCAUGUUCCACAGUGAAGUCACUGCUGGUCUGUAAAACACCUCCUCCUCAGUCACACCUUUCCUCCUGGAGGAGCUCGCUGCCGUUUGUUUCAGCUGAAGCACCUCCCUGCCCUCUGAGAGGACGCUCGCUGUUCAAGGUUCAGGAAGAUAAGCGAGGUGAGCGGCUGACACACAGCUUGUGUUGUGUUACCAGAGGAUCAGGUUACUCACAACAGGUCGACUGAAACCAGAACCUCGCUCCGAUCGCCGACUCCAAACCAGGAACUGGGUGUCAGACGGCUUCUAAAGAACCCUGAGAGUCUACUUCCUGUAUCUGAACAGACCCCAGCAUGGCUGRGUGGGCCUGCUGCCUGCCGCUGCUCCUCUGUGUGUCUGCUCUUCACGGCUGCGCUGCCAUGGUGUUCUGGACGGCGGUGGUGGAGACGAGCUACACGGGCAGCAGCAACGACACGGUGGAUCAGAUCUGUGAGUGUGGCCUGUACGGACGCAGCUCRCCUGUGGAGAAAGCCUCGGGCGUGCUUGCGGUCCCUAAAGGAGACCCUAAAGGCUGCGACCCAGAGUCGGACUACGGUCGCAACUCCAGCUCGGUGCCGUGGAUCGCCCUGGUGAAACGAGGCAACUGCACCUUCAGCCAGAAGAUCAACGCGGCGCGGCUGCGAGGGGCGGCCGCCGUGCUGGUGUACAACGUGGACGGUACCGAGAACAGCACCACGCAGAUGUCCCACUCAGAGGCGGGGGGCAUCGUGGCCGUCAUGAUCGGCAACCUCCGGGGCGAGGAGCUGGCCCGGCUGGUGAGGAACGGGACCGAAGUCCAGCUCAUCAUCGACGUGGGCAGCGCUCACGGGCCCUGGCUGGACACCUACUGGCUCUACUUCCUGUCCAUCGCCUUCUUCAUCGUGACCGCCGCCUCCGUCGCCUACUUCGUCUUCAUCUCGGCCAACCGCCUGUACAGCCUGGGCCGGCACCGCCGCGCCGAGAAGAGGCUGAAGUCCGAGGCCAAGAAGGCCAUGCGGCGCCUGCAGGUGCUGACGCUGAAGCGAGGGGACGAGGUCACCACGUCGGACGCGCUGUGCGCCGUCUGCAUCGAGUCGUACCGGGCGGGCGACGUGGUGACGGUCCUGACCUGCGAGCACAUCUUCCACCGGGGCUGCAUCGAGCCCUGGCUGCUGGAGCGCAGGACCUGCCCCAUGUGCAAGUGUGACAUCCUGAAGGCGCUGGGGGUCCAGGACGACACCAAGGACGUGUCCUCUCCGCCGGAGGUCAACGUCAUCACGGUGGCGGGGGGGGACACCAUGUACGAGGUGCCUCUGAACGCCCCCGACCAGCACCGCUACGACAACAGGGCCUUCGAGGUGGAGCCGGAGGCCUCCAGAGGCUGAAGCACACGAGGAAUCACUUCAAAUCAGAAACUUUCAAUCAAAUUAACUCUUUAUUCCCUGAGCUGAUCUCAGCUGAUCCACCACCUGAACCCAGCGGGUCGGCCUCGGCCCGACGGCACAUUUCUGUUUUGCAUCGUCAGCGCAGCACACUGACUUUAUGGACUCAAAGGGCAGCAGAGGAUUUGAAUAUCACUUUGUUUAUUGGGGCCAAAUCUGUUCCUGAAGCCUCCGUGGUGCUCAGACCCAACCAGCUGCUUUACUUUAUCCACGAUUAGUUGUAACAUUAGACUUUAUUUAAUAAACUUAUUUUAACUGUAAAAUAAAGACUGUAAAAAUACUG